CCGGGUGUGGAUAACCCACAUUUCCUCCUGCCGACACACAUUAUAGGAAAACAUCCUGGAUAGGGGAUAACGCGCCGUGCAUGCUGCGUGUGAAAGGAAAGCAGCGAAUGUGACAGAACACACAAAACUCGCGGCGGAAGACAGAAUAUGACCAGAUAUAGCGACUUUGGAGGUUUUUGACGAUCGACUGUGGAAAUUUGAGAUGUCAGAGAAAAUGCAUAUAUGUCUAUGAUUUUCCAACUUCAUUCGUCUUCCAGCUGUUGUUCACACUUCGAGAUAUAAAUCAUAGAACUUCUUCAUACUGACUCCUGAAUAAACAGGACAUAAAGAAAGUGAUCUGAAUCUGGAAAAAAUGUGGCCAUAUUUUUUUGAAAUUGCUUUUAUUCUUAUUGCGCAGGAGGUCAUCGGAGAGCCACAUAUACGUCCAUCCUCAGCGUCGCAGAUGAAUUCAACAUUAUCCCCUCAUGAGGAGGACUAUUCAUUACAUAAUGCUACAGAUGCAACGUUUUCUACCAUUUUAAGGGAUCUUCCUACCAUCAAAAACCUUUCGAUUUUCAUCUGCGUACUAACAACCUUGCUUAUCAUGUGCCUUGUCAUAAAAAUAUACAGAUCUGCAAAGAAGAUCAGAAAAACACGAAAGUAUGACAUUAUCACAACUCCCGCUGCACGCGUAGAGAUGGCACCUUUAAAUGAUGGAAAUGACGAUGAUGACGACUCAGCCCUGUUCGAUGUAAAAUACAGGUGAAUUACAUUGUGCACUCAAUCUUGAAGAUCACUUUCAACACCUGGAUACCCCUGUGUGAGCACAUUUUUCCUGGAAAUGUGCUUCCUGCACCUUUUUUUGUUUGUUUGUUUGUUUUUGUUAUUUCCUCAGAGCCUAGAAACCCUAGUUGAGCAGGUUGUCAAAAUAAAACAAAUAUUUCUAGGUAUAUUCAUCCAUCCUGAGAUUCCAAACCUAACUUUCAAACUGAAGUGUAGAACGAAGCAUUAUAAAUAUUUUUUUCUUUUUUAUUAUUUACUCCAAUAACAGGAGACUCUAAAGCUGGUCCUCUUCUGAGUAUCCAUUCCGUGAAUGCUCUAAUUAUUGCACUUCUUUUUCAUAUGUUUUUUUUAUUUUGCCCAAAAACAUUCCAGCGUUUUGAAGAAAAUUUCCCAUGAAUGUUUCAGGCAGCUUAAACAAUUUACAUAUAAACAUUCCUGUUACCACGUUAAAGCUAUUUUUAAGUAAUAUUUUCCAAGCAUGGAGCCCAAUGUUAGCUAAGGUUAAUAAUUUUUUGUUUUACUUUAAGUGAUUUAGCUGUUUGUUGCUUCAAUUGAAAAGAGGAAGAUAUGUAUGUUAUGGAUAGGCAAAAGAAAAGUUAUCAAAUGUGUUUUUUGAUUGACUAUGUUAAAUGGAUAUGUUUAUGUUCCAAUACUGAAAAUUGUAUUUUCAUUACUAUAUAGUACACAGUUGUCUGUAUAUAUUGUAUGCAAAAUAUUCCUCUGAAAUAGUUUAUUUUUUAGAAAAUAACACUUUGAUUUAAUAAGAGUAAUAUGUUUCAAACUGCCCUAUAUUUGGAAAGAAUUAUGUAUCUACUAACCACUAAUAGUGCAUAUUUACUGUAUAAGUGUUGAAUGUAUGUGUGAGAGAGGAAAUGUGUUAGGUUGGGAGAAUAUUGUUGCCAUAUUGCUGCUCUCUGAGGUUGAAGAUUUAUUAUUGUGUCACAUAUACUAGGCACAUCAAAGCACAACCCCCCUUACCCCUUUUAAUUAACUUGUUUUACAGUGGAAAACAGCAAUGCCACAUGCCAUAAAUUGUUUAACAAGUAUUCAGCUGUUAUAUCAAAUAUAAAAUUAUAUUCCUCAGAUGCACCAGAUUUAGACCAGCACUGCGUUUUGAAACUGUAGCUUUCAAAUGUCUUAAAGCGACCACAGUAUAUUGAAUGAGACUUCCCAUUAACCCCAGUGUGACUUUAUCUUAUAAUGAUAAGAUCUAGGUCAAUGUGAAAAACUUGUGUCAGUUAUCUAAGGGUCAAUAACUGUGGCGGAACUUGGAUCUUACGGGCCCCAGUGCAAAGAACCUGUCGGGUCCACUCCUUAGGGAGCCUGGGUCGUUUAUCGUCACCCGUCGGGCCCGCAGUCAUUUUUAUGGUUCCUUUUGGUAGACUGUUGCGGGCCCCCUCUCACCCCGGGCCCUAGAGCGGCUGCCCACCCUGUUAUGCCCCUGGUCAAUAAGAAUUUUUAUUCAGUUAGUUAAUGGUUUAGCCUUUCUUGUUCGAGUAGAAGCAAGAUAUGUGACUGGAGAAGAAAUCCAUACUCUUUCUUCCAAUUGCCCAAAAUGUUUCAUACAAAUCAGAAUUCAAGCUGUGUAAUUUUGCACUGCUCCAAAGUAAAGGAAAGGAAAAAAGCAUUGAAAAUGAAAAGCAAGUAUUAAAUGUGAAUUACUGAA